UAAAGAGACAUAACAAUGUCCAUACUGGUGAGAGAACUUUUCCAUGUGACGUUUCUUCAAAGACAUUUACUGAGUCUGCAAGAUUAAAAGUACACAAGAGAGUUCAUACCGACAAAAAGCCCUAUUUGUGCGAAUACUGUUCAGAGGCAUUUUAUGACGGUCGACGCCUCAAAGCGCAUUUGAAGACCCAUAUUAGCACAAAACCGUUUUCAUGUGAGUAUUGUUCAAAGUCCUUUGCGUGCGAUUCAGACUUGGAGAAACAUAUGAAGCUUCAUACAGGCGAAAAAAUGUAUUCUUGUGAGCGUUGUUCAAAAUCAUUUACUAAAUCUUACGGCUUAAAAAUUCAUUCCAGAAUUCAUACUGGCGAAAAACCACAUUCCUGUCCACAUUGUCCAAAAGCAUUUUUUACGACUUCCGCCCUGAAGGCACAUGUAGGAGGACAUACCGGCGAAAAACCGUAUGCGUGUGAGUUUUGCUCACUUGCAUUUUCUACGCUGUCAUAUUAUAAAAAGCACUUAAGAUUGCAUACUGGCGAAAAGCCUUAUGUCUGUGAACAUUGUUCAAAGGCAUUUCCUUGGUCUGGUUCCUUGAAUAAUCAUAUACAGAUCCAUACUGGCGAAAAACGAUACUUGUGUGAAUAUUGUGCAAAAACGUUUGCUCAAUUUGUUCAACUCCAGGGUCAUUUGAGGUCCCAUACUGGUGAGAAACCUUUCUCGUGUGAGUUUUGUCCAAAGACAUUUUCUCAUGCUCCGAGCUUGAAGAGACAUAUGGAAACCCAUACAGGAGAAGCGCCACACGUGUGCGAAUAUUGCUCAAAGGCGUAUACUGCAAUUUCAGUGUUGGUCAGACAUAUGAAGACCCAUACUGUUGAAAGAUUCGUUACGUGUGAGUUGUGUUCAAAGACGUGUUUAGACAAAAGGGAUUUGAAGCGUCACUUGAAAACCCAUGGGGAUAAACCACACGUCUGUGAAUUUUGUUUCAAGGCGUUCCGUUCGGCUUAUCCCUUAAAGGUUCAUAUAAGGACUCAUACUGGCGAGAAACCGUACUCCUGCGGGGAUUGCUCAAAAACGUUCGCUAUUUCUUGGCGAUUGAAGAGACAUGUGCUGAAAAAACAUCAGUUUCCUGCGACUGCUACACAAACGACUCCCGAAUCCGAGGACUCGAAAGAGAGACAAUAAGUAAACUGAAUUUUGUUUGAAGCUAUUUUCAUUACUAGGUUGUUGAGAAUUGUGUGUGGAAACUUGUACUUUCAUUUUACCUUCGUGUCAAUUUUGCCCAAAUACAUUUAUUUCGGUGAUAUCCCAACUGCCACAAUCCCCCUGGGGAUCAGAGGCAGAGUUAGAAACAAGUAAAAAAUCUUACUGGUCCCUCGGACCAGUCAACGUGAAUAUGUACUGGUCCUCAAACAAUAUCACUGGUCCGCUUUAAAUUAAACACUAAAUAUGUUUGUACCAAAAAAUUACUUACACUUUAUGAUUACAUUUUUUAAGUUUAAGCUUAUUGA